AUGUUAAAGAUUCUUGCCGCCACCUCAGCCGGGGAGGCCGUAGCUGCCGGGAAGGGCGCCACCGUCAGCAGCGGGGGGUGCCUGACGCCGCACUGCAAAGCUGCAAAGCCACCGGAUGAGGGCAGAAUCGAGGAUGGAGGUGCACCAGAUGACGCAAAAUUCAUCAAAGAGCACAGGGAAUAUACCGAGCAUCUGACAAUGGAGCAGUGUGACGAGAUCCUGCGCAAGCACGAUGAGGAAUAG